AAUCAUUAUUAAAAAUGAUAAUGAUAACACACCAUCAUCAUCGAUCGCGACAACAUCGAUAUCAUCAACAACAACAACGACAAAUACAUUAUCAUCAUCAUCAACAAUAAAUGCAUUGGAUAAAAUAACACAACGUAAAUCAUUAGAUUAUCUAAAAGAAUUAUUUAAUGAUCGUGAACGUCUUUCAUUAAUGCCAUUGGGUCUAUUUUCACAUACAUUACGUCUUCUGGAUCAAGAAAUUCAACGUGUACGUACAUCAUUAAUACAUAUUGAUGGUUGUUCAGUAGAUGAACGAAAACCAUUACAAUUACCUGAACCGGAUGGUGCCAUUAUACAACGUACAACACGUAUAUCGAUACCUGUUGAUCAAUACCCGGAGCAUAAUUUUGUCGGUAGAAUUAUUGGCCCACGUGGCCUGACUAUACAAGAAUUGGAAGUGGAUUGUGGUUGUAAACUUUAUGUCCGUGGUAAAGGAUCGUUACGUAAUAAAGAAAAAGAGGAAAAAUUACGUGGUCAACCGAAUUGGGAACAUCUGAAUGAUGAUCUGCAUGUUAUGAUUGUUGUUGAGGAUUCAAUUAAUCGUGCAGAAAUUAAACUAAAUUAUGCACGGGAUCAGAUACAAAAACUAAUCGAUUCGGUUAUAAUGCAAAAAGAUGAUUUCAAAAUGAGACAAUUAGCCGAAUUGGCUAUUCUGAAUGAUAAAUUUAAUACGAAAAAAUCAUCAUCAGCGAAUCACCCAAAGAAUAAUCGUCAUAAUUUAAUGUCGACAACAAAUGGUGGUAUUGGUCAUGCGAAAAAUCCUCAUCUUACAUCAUCAUCGACAACAACAACAACAUCGAUACCUAAUUGUUUAUUGAUUGAUACAUUAUCGGGUGGAUCAUUUGGUGGUGGUGGUCAACAACAAACAACAACGACAAGUCAAACAUCACCACAAUCAUCAUUAGCUGCCUUAUUUAAUCAUCCUCAAUUGAUUGGUUCAACAUCGCAAUAUCAACAACCAUCCUCCAUACAACAGCCAUUAUCGUCAUCAUCUCAACCAUUAUAUCCUGGCCAAUUAUCAUCAUCGCCUGUAUUUAAUUUGGAACAAACAUUAUUAAAUAAUCAACAUCUACAUUUGGCGCAAUUAGCUGCUCAACAACAGCAACAACAACAUCCAACGAAUGCAUUGAAUCAAGAUUUAUUUGCUGUAAUGGCUGCUGCUGCUGCUGGUCUUCAUGGAUAUGGUGUUGGUGGCAUUGGUGCAAAUGCAGCAAUGAUAUCAGAUCCAAAUCUAUUAUAUAAUCAUUAUCAACAGCAACAGCCACAACGACAAUCACGUUAUCAUCCAUAUUAUCAUAUGAAUAUCAAACGUAAACAUCAUACUGAAUAAUUCUAUCAAACAAUCGCCCAAAUAUCAACUUUUUUUCAUUUUGAUUUUGCAUAAUAAUAAUAAGAAUGUGUUCGGAUAUUCAUUCAUUCAUCAACAGAAUCAGAAUCUUAAAUCAUUUUUUAAUUUUUCUUG